ACCUUUAGUCAUAUGUUAAGAGCAUCAUACAAUCCAAUUUUUAAGGUAAGCCUAAGUAAGCCUUAUUAUAGCUUGCACCAAUCUAUUUAAUGGGAUUUGAUAUCAGGUUGGCUUAAAUAAUCAAAUUAGCUUAAAAGGGACAUUAUUAAUGGAACGUUUUUUGAUAGACAGGCAGGUAGAUAGCCAGACAGAGACAAAAAUGCCUACUUUUUCUGUUUCAGAAUUUGUUUAUUGAACAGAUUAUUCCAAUGUUGACUUUAACUGAACAACAAAUGAAGAAAUAUCUUGAUACACCGCAAAGAGGUAAAUGAUUUUGAUAUGACCAAUCCAUCUACUUAUCGUGACAUAAUGACAAAAGUGAAGAUAUUACGGGGUAUUUUUUUUAUUGUACCUACAUUUGUGGAAUUAAAAAUUAAAAUAAAUUAUUUAUUGUUUAUAGGAAUUGAUCCAGCAUUGUGGGAACUGGGCAAGCAAAAAAAUCCUGACCCAAAGAAAUUGAUACCUGUUGUAAAAGUGGGAUUUCAGGAAUUACAGAAACAGUUCAAGUAUCAAGAAGAAUAUGGCAAUAAAAUUCAUAAUAGUAUGAAGAAUAUUAUGGAUGAUAUAAGACAAUUAAGUUGUAUGCAGACGACAAUUAAAGUUACCAUUCAGAAUUUUAAGUUGAAACAGACAAAUAUAAUGCGCCGAGUUCUAAAAUUGGUGUCAGCACAAGAGGUUGAAAGGAAAAAAAAUCUACCACUAGAAGAAAUAGAGGAUCAGAUUCGACUGCGAUUAGAAAACUUGUAUAUGCAGCUGCAGGACCUCAAGGGAUGUUUGAAUGAACUAAUGGCUCAGUCUAUAAAGCCUGGUAGUUUUCCGCGAGCCCAACGGUAUGGACUGGUUGUUGACAAAGUGCAGGAUAUAUCACAAUACCUAAAAUGGCAGCAGGAUGCACUUCAGGCUAUAGUUAACAUACUUAAGGAAGAUAUACAAGUGGUCGUUAACAUAAAGAAGAACAUCAGCUAAGUUUUGAGAGUUAAGGAAAUUGGCUAACCGUCAACCAACUUCCCCAAACCACAUUCAAACAUUGGUAAUUAACCCUAUCAUUGUUUAACACCUCCCUUCACCCUUUCAGGGAGGGUAUGAUGCUACACUGAAUUUUUUUGGUUCGUAACCAGCAACACACAUUGAACUGAUGAUAUUUCACUCUCUCAGGGAGGGUAUGAUGCUACACUGAUUUUUUGUUUGUAACCCGCAACACACACAUUGAAUUGAUGAUAGUCAAUAAAUUAAAUUUUAGUCUAGUUCCUUGUUUUUUUUUUUUUUUUUUUUUUCCACAUACAAUAAGUGCACUCUGCCCAUUAGGCAAAGUAUUAUAAUAAUUUUGCUAGAUAUUGAUGACACUGACAUUUUAACGGAAACUUGAAAUAAUUGACCUAGAAUGUAACAACAAUGUUUGUGUUGUCUUACAGGAAUAAUUUAGUCAAAUAAGCACAAACUGUAAACUGCCAGCUUAACCAAGAAAGCCUGCCAGUGAUUGGUCAAUAUAAAAU